AUGGCCGCUAAGCUGAUCAUCUUCGCCGCAUGCGUGGUCUCCGCCAUCGCUCAAUACCCCGCCCCAGCCUACAAGCCUGCUUACCCAGCAGCCGCUUACCCAGCACCGGCAUACGCCGCACCCGCAUACGCCGCACCGAAAGCCUACGCUCCGGAACCCGCCUACCCACCCAAGCCAUACAACUUCGAAUACAGCGUCAACGACCCAUCCACAUACGACGUCAAGAGCCAAUCUGAAUACGCUGACGCCAACGGUUACGUCAAGGGAUCUUACAGCCUCUUGGAAGCCGACGGUUCCACCCGCGUCGUCGAAUACACCGCCGACAACUACGGAUUCAACGCCGAAGUCAAGAAAAUCGAAGGAGGAUACAAGGCCCCAUACAGCGCCCCAGCCCCAGCCUACAAAGCCGCCCCAGCCUACAAGCCCGCAUACGCUGCACCAGCCUACCCAGCACCCGCCGCAUACCCAGCACCCGCUUACUCCGCACCGGCCUACAAGCCAGCCCCAUACAAGGCAUACUAA